AGGUCCUGAACAGCAAGGGAUACAAAAGCCUUCAGCAACACAACAGUAGUAAGAGUACUACUUCUGAAAAGCAAGCAAAAUGAACAGCAGAGUUCUUCUCACUGCCGUAGCCCUGUUUGUACUCUACAUGGCUUCGACACAAGCUGCUUCUCUUGGAAAUUCAAAAGUGGGUCUGCGAUGCCAAUGCAUUAAUACAAACUCCAAAUUCAUCCACCCCAAGCAGAUGGAAAAUAUUGAAAUUAUUCCAAGUGGCCCACACUGUGCAAAGACUGAAAUCAUCGUGAUCCUUAAAAAUGGUUCCUCCGUGUGUCUGAAUCCUGAAGCCCACUGGGUGAAAAAAAUCAUCCAAAUGGUAACCAAGAGUUCCAAGUGAUCUGAUAAACCUCACUCAUAGAAGUUGGAUGGCUGAAUGUCAGAAAUGUGACACUGAUUCGCAAUUGUGAUUCCAGAUCAGCUCAGGAAGAUAUACACUCGUUUGCGCUCAUUGUCAGAUUUAUGUCAACUUGAGAAAGCAUGUCUGGUUGAAAACAAUGAUCGUCACUAUUUAUCAGUUAGGACUCUAUUUAUGACAUCUCUUUGGCACAAGAGAAACUGCAAAUGCCGGAAAACUGGAUCAAAGCAUACAAAAUGCUAAAGAAUCUCAGCAGGUCAGGCAGCAUCUGUGGAGGGUAAUGAGCAGUUGAUAUUUCGGGCGAGAUCCUUAAUCCAAACCAGUGAGUACUUUGUCCUGAAAUGUCAGCUCUUCAAUUCUCUCCAUAGAUGCAAACUGACCUGCUGAAAUACUUCAGCAUUUUGUGUCCAUUCUGUCAUCCCAUAGUUGCUUACUAUCCCUCAUCUAAACUUUUGUAAUUUAGUAUUUAUGUAUUUGUGAAUUUUAUUCCUAUGAAAUUGAUUCUGGCACCUGUGCUGGUUUUGUGCUGAGAGAUCAGCAGAAACUGAAGUAAUUGUAAGAACUAAGUUUUCUCAUUUUUGCACUGAUCCAUACUCAAGUGAUGGUGAUAGACAAAUCAAAAUUUACAGCAUAGGUGUUUCCCUUGAUGAGAUUUCAUUAAUCUGUGUGCUGGCAACCAGAGAUUAGUCAUGGGCUGUGCAAUUAACCACCUAGUCUCUUUUGAUUCUGUAAUGAUACCGUCAGCCACUUGCCUCCAGGUUAUGGGUUUGCAGAAUGUACAACUUGUUUGAAAGAAGUUUACAAGUUCAGCACAGUAUAAUCGCAGGAAGGUCUUUAAUAUUUAUUGUGAUUAGUUUCAUUUGUAUUUAUUUACUUGCCUUAAUAUUUAUAAAGUAGUUUAUUUAUUUCUAUUUAUGAAAAUGUUUAAUUAUUUUGAUGUCUCUAAGAUGUAUGUGUGAUUAACAUACAUGUGAAUGUUGUUUGUUGAAAAUUAAUAUUGUGAAAUAUUUGUAUUCCAAUAAAUGAAGUAUCUUUU